AUGGUUUUGCAGAGCCAAGAUGCCCAAGACAGAAUCAGUGCGCUCCCUAGCGACAUCCUUAUCCGAAUCCUUGAACUCCUUCCGAUGCGCAGUGCGAUUCGGACCGGAUCGCUCUCCAAACGGUGGAGACACCUCCCUCACCAGCUCUCUUGUCUGCUCAUAGGUGUAUCUGACAUUCAGAGCGCUACCUACGUCACGCUGGGUCAGAUCAUGGGGGCGUACACAGAAACGACGAGGAGAUUGCUAUCGUCCACAUGCGAAUGCGGCAGCCAUUCCAUCAAGAGCCUGAGACUUACCUUUUACCUUUCAAAACAUUUCUUGUGCUCUAUUGGCCAUGCCGUUGGGGAUGUAGCCAGGAACGGCGACACUGAAUGCCUCGAGUUUGUGAUAUUCACGCAUCUUGCGAGACCAAGCAAUGCUCAACGUGUCUUGUUCGGACAGCGCUUCAUGUCUUUCUUCCACUCUUGCCCAGUCGCCUUCAGAUGGCUCACAAGACUAACUCUCCACAACCUUGCAUUUGGAGACUCGGAUGUCCCCAAUCUCCUCAAUGCUUGCGAUAAGCUUCAGUUCCUUAACUUGAGAUGCUGCAAAUUGGGUCCGAAAUCUGUCCUCAGCAUAGACGCCCCGUCAUCAGAGCUCCAGAAACUUGAAUUGUUUUGCUUUGAGUGUGUGCGGGUUGAUCUAGCAAGUCUUCCUAAGCUGAAGCAAGUGCUCUGUGAUACUUGGUGGGCUGUGACCACACCUAUGUCUUGUGGCUUUGUUCCCCAACUUGAGAAAGUAAGCCUCGCCUCUGCUGCCCUGUCUGGGCAGAAGCCAUUCACAUUGAGCAAGUGUUUAUCUAGUAGUAGUACAAGAAGCCUCUCGUCCUUGUGUCUGGAUUUUUGCUCUCAGAUGAUCUGGAUUCAACCGGAAGAUCCUAAACAGCUCACACGUAUAUUCAGUAGCCUUAGAGGUCUUUAUAUCUAUAAUGUCUUUGCUGAGUGUGAUUUGAAUUGGACAUUCUUUAUCCUUAAAGCUGCACCUUCACUGAAGAACUUCUAUUUAUCUCGACACUCUUGUGAACCCAACAAGUUUGAGGAUAUUGCCAAGAAGACCGACUUGGUGUGGGAAACCUCCAGUUUCAAGCAUUUGAACUUGAAGCUGCUGUUCAUGAAAGGGUUUUCGGAGGAUGAGAAGGUGAUGAACUAUAUAAGACUUGUCAUGAAAAGAUCUAUGGGCUUGAAGAGAAUCGAACUGCAUGAUAAAGACCCAUGUGAGGAGUGCAAAGCCAUAUCCCCCGAGUGUUUAAGGUUUCCUGUGCAUGAAUCUAGCAAGCGUCGGAUUAAGGAGCAACUCACAUAUGGAUUCUCCUUAGAUGUGGAGAUAAUAAUGGGAUGA